AUGACUCUACUCUACCAAGUGGGGUUACUCCUCGCAGUUGUUGCAACGGUUAGUUCUUUUUUUUAGUUGAAAAUAUUUAAAAAUGAAAAUAUUUUCUAUGCCACGGCAGCCACGUGAUGAAGGAAACCACGUAUUAAUUUAAUUUUUCAAAAUUUUCUAAUUUCAAAUUUUAAGGUUUCGGCCGGAUGUUGCGCUCCUGGAACACAAUCAGACUUCUGCACAGUAUUUGUGAUGUUAUCACCAACUGAGCAAAAUGAAGUUGUUAACUACAUCGGUAAGAAAGAAGUUUCAGAUUUUAGAUUUCAAGAAAAAAUUUGCAGGCGAAAACUGCGACGGUGAUGCCGAUGUAGCACUGCAAAAAAUGGAAAAAAGAAAGCCAAACUUUAUGCGAUAUGGAAGAUCGGCCGAUCCAAAUUUCUUGCGAUUCGGACGUUCGCAACCAAACUUCUUGCGAUUCGGUAAAGCUGCCGGUGGUGAUCCGAAUUUUUUGCGAUUUGGUGAGUCUGUUCAAAGUGUUGCCGCCGCUUUCAAAGUUUCACCUUUGAAGUUCUACAGUACAUAAAUAUUUGAAAACAAUCAAAAUAUCAAGAUAUAUUUCAGGUCGAAGUGAUCCAAAUUUCUUGCGCUUCGGAAAAGCUGCAGCUGACCCGAAUUUCUUGAGAUUCGGAAAACGAUCAGCCGAUCCAAACUUUCUUCGAUUCGGAAGAUCAUUCGAAAACUUCGACCGAGAAUCGAGAAAACCAAACUUCCUCCGAUUCGGAAAGUAA